CACUCUCCGCACAUCUCUCCUCGUCUUAUCUCACACCAUCCUAACAAUGCCCGACAUGGUCCCGUUUGACGGCGAGGCCGCCGAGAUGGCGGUCGGCUUUCUGCAGCGCACGCCCUUCGCGUCGUCCCUGCACCACGCGCCCAAGCCUGAGGUCAUGGACCCGCUGCCGCCCAUCAACAAGCGCGGCGGGCGGACAGUCGGGCCGGACGGCUGGCGGACGGUAUACUCUGUGGUCGUCACGGAGGACAUGUGCAACCCGCUCGGCAACCUGCACGGCGGCGCUGCGGCAACUCUCAUCGACACCGUGACCAGCGCCUCGAACGCGCUGCUGGGCACCGAAAGCUUCUGGGGCCCGCCUAUGCUCUCGGGAGUUACCCUCACUCUCGACAUGCUCUACUACAACGCGUGUCCGGUCGGGACCAAGGCCAAGCUCACUGUUACGGUCGAGCACAUCGGCGGAUCGCUCGCCAACCUUCGCGGCGAGCUGACCGAUUGGGAGACGGGCAAGCGCUUCGCGUCCGGCACUCACGUCAAGACGUGGCGCGACCUGCGGUCAAAGUUGUAGGGUGUAGGUCGGAGGUUGUAGAAGGAUUGGGCAUGCAUCCAUUGAUACCGGCGAUCGCCGGACCGGG